CUGAGUGGGCUCCGGGAGGCCUCUCCAUCUGAAGUGCUGCCAGAGAAGAGGAGCUCUCGCGGUUCAGUCGAGGGAGACGCCGGGAACAUGGACGCGUGCACCUGCGCCCUGGAGCUGCUGGGGCUGCUGCUCUCGGUCGGGGCCUGGCUCUGCGCUCUGGCCACCACGCUCCUGCCGCAGUGGCUGACCAUGUCCACCACGCUGCUGCCGGUGGAGAGCUACGAGCUGGGCCUGUGGGAGACCUGCGUGGUCCAAGACGUCGGCGGCAUGGAGUGCAGGGCCUACGACAGCCUGCUGGGCCUGUCCAGCGACCUCAAACUGGCCCGCGUCCUCAUGUGCACCUCCCUGGCCGUGGGCGUCCUGGGGAUCCUCGUGGCCGUACCUGGACUUCAGCUGGUCCACAGCUGCAAAGGGCACGGCGGCCAUCGCAGGAAGAGGACUUUGACCAUCGCGGGAGGGCUGCUGGGGAUGGUUUCCGGAGUGCUGUGUCUGAUCCCCGUCUCCUACAUGGCUCACCUGGCAGUGGUCCACUUCUUCGACGAUAAGGUGCCCGACGUGGUGCCCCGGUGGGAGUUCGGGGACGCCCUGUUCUGCGGCUGGGCGGCGGGAUUCCUGCACGUGGUGGCCGGCCUGCUCAUGGCCACCUCCUGCUUGUGCACGCAGGUGGAGCCCCAGCCGGCGCUGCAGCGGAGGUACCGGGUGAUCAGCACGGACGUGAACCUCAAGAAGCGCUCAGAGUACGUGUAG